AACUAUAAUUUAUGGAACUGAAAUUCAUAAAAUUCAUUGAAUGUAACCAGCCUCCCGGUUUAGCUAGAAAUAGCUCACCACACACUGAAUAAAUAAAACAUUCUUUGCUGAAUUACUUGUUUCUUACCUGUUUGAAAGAAAAUACUUGAACCGGUAUUAGAAAAGCAGACUUGCUUAUUAUUAUUUCUGACAAAUUUUGCUUGCAAGCAUUUCAACACCAAACGUUUUAGCCAUAAGACGGUGAUCUCUCUUCAAUGCCUUGGUUGUGGCCUCGACGAAAAAAAAAAACUUUUUAUCGUAAAUUUUAGUCUCCUUAAGGUUUGGCGUUCUUGAAAUACUAUUUUUGCUUAGAAAAAACCGUUUGCCGGUUAAGGACACGUCAAAAUGAGUCACAAUCGUUCGGGUUCUAGUUUUUUAGCAGACCAAAGAAAGCAAAGAAGACCAUCUCGCUCAAAGCCUCGUCUUCCAAUUUUUCAAAGGAUUGCUUUCAGCGUUGGGCAUGUUUUGAAUGACACCGUCCUCGGAGCGUGGAUUUCCUAUAUGCUGAUUUUCCAGACGAAAGUUCUUGGCCUCUCACACAGGACAGCCGGUUUUCUCUGGAUCGUCGCGAACACUGUGGAUUCUGUCCUAUGCAUUGUCGUUGGUUACAUCUGCGAUAAUUACAAGUUCCCACUCCUUGCAAGGUGCUACGGCAAACGCAAGAGUUUUCACUUGCUCGGGACUGUUCUCGUUGCGGGAUUUUUCCCGCUUCUCAUGAUGCCUUGCUUCGUCUGCGGGCAAGACUCUCCCGAGUGGAUAAUGGGGAUUUAUUACGGCACUAUCAUGAUUGUGCACAAUAUUGGCUGGGCGUUAUCACAGGUCACCCAUUUGGCGCUAAUACCCGAGAUCGCAAAGCGACCCAAUGAAAUGGUGGAACUUCACGCGCUACGAUCCGGUUUUACAUUUCUCAGUGGCAUCUUCGUGUAUGCCAUCACAUGGAUUGUCCUCAGAACCGACAGCAGCAGCGAGAACCUAACCUAUAGUCAGUGGAAAGACUUCAUGGAAAUGGCCGUGAUCGUAGUAGGCACAGGUUGUGUUUUCUCCUUAAUUUUUCACGUGGGAACCCAUGAACCUCUACGGACUGUGGAGGAAAAGAACAAAGGUCCUUCAGGCAGUUUCAUUGGUCGAGAAAGACAGUCGAGCAAAACAGCUACCCUCCCUCUCCCUGACAAAACAGUCGGAGUGUUCUGCUUGUACGAUGAAAAUGAACUCUCUGCAGCAUCUGCGAAAACUGAGGGUACAGAAGUCAUACAAGUAGAACAGGCAGACAUCGCCGUUGAAAAUGGAACUGGUAAAGAUAGGUCUGUUGAUCUACCCGAAAAGAAAGCUGUUGAAUUACGCGUGACUGACCUAGAGAAAGGCCAGAACAGUAACGAAUUUAGCUUUUCAAAUCCAGCUUUUCAAACUGAUGGGACGCUAGACAUUGUUUGUGAACAGGCUGUCGGCAACUUGGGCGAGGAUUCGGAGACUCGACCGCCACGUGCAGGUCACACAGAACAAACCAAGAAAGAUAAUGAAUUCAGUUUCUCAAAUCCUGCGUUUCUAAUCGAUGACAAGCAAAUCACUGAAGGUGAUGUUCCUCGAGAAAGAAGCCAAACGGGUGGAGAUUCCCAGAGUGAUGAGUUGAUGGAAGAACGGCAGAGUAACCGAUCGGAAUCCAGUGGUUCCAGCGAAGGAUAUGCCUCAUCACCAGAAACAGAUUCUGUUGAUUCCAUUGACUGCGCCAACAUAGACAAUAAAGCACAGACAGAGAAAUCAGAGUACAAAAAACAAGAAAUCUGUGCAGCGGAUCAAACAACACCAGGCUCGGUUACAAAGGGGACUGAUACGAGUUUCUGUGGAGUUAGUGUCAUUAUAGAGGAAGUAAAUGAACAAGAAACGAAGAACAGUAAGACCAUAAAAACGUGGACGGACUGGUUUAAAACUCCGAUGUUCUAUAAGAUCUCCUUCGCCUUUAUGUGUGCUCGUCUUGUUCAAGUCCUUAAUUCAUCUUAUGUACCGCUGUAUUUGACCGACACGCUCGGAUUUGAGAAGGAAUCUAUCGCUUAUUUCCCUCUAGUGAUUUUGAUCAGCGGCGUUUUUUCCAGCUUAUGGGCAAAGAAACUUGACAGGAUGCUCGGUGAUAAGUGGACGUACUCUUUAGCCGCAGUUUUAGCGGCUGGUUCCUCGGCCUGGUUCUACUUGCAAACCGAAUCUGGAAAAAACGCUGUCUAUUGCGCCGCAAUUCUUGUGGGAUGCGGAGGCUCUGUGAUGUACGUGACGUCACUGGCUUUAGCUGGGAAGCUGAUUGGUGAAAAUAAAGAGUCUGGCGCGUUCGUGUUUGCGUCCAUGGCAGUGCUGGCCAAGGUGGCAUGCGGAAUCGCAAUUUUUAUUACUCAAGAAUUCUUUCCUUCUAGCGGAGACUGUGGUGAAUACGUCCGUUACGUGUUCUCCGUGGGGCCAGGCGCUGGCUCAUUACUGGGUUUCUUGGCUGUGAUUGCCUUCCUUCCAGCGACUGUCAGGUGCAGGAAAGUAGUUCACACAGUAGAUUGUUCAGUCCAGACAGAAGCCAUGGCUGUAGAUGGUCUGUACGCUUACGACAACCCAGCAGCAAUAGAUGAAGAGUACAAGGGGCAUGAAAUCGUUCUAAACUUCAACUCCAAAGCUCGUGUUGUCAGUUAAGAAAUAAUAUAAAGAAAAAGUCUGCAACGAAAGCUUGGUAGGCAAGGCGUUCAAAGAGAUGUUAAAGCUCCUUAUAGACUGAAAUAAUUCUAUUGGCUCAAAGAGCAUUUAAACUAAAUUUAGGUUCUGGUCAGGGGGACAGAACGG